AUGCCUGCGACUACCGACGCUCCUGCAAAGCUGCUCAAUGCUGUCCGUCAAUCCCCGCCCUUUGGUGCCCUUCAUCAGUUGCCCUCAAUCGUAUUACGGGAGAUCCUCCGGUACCUUCACCCCUCCGACCUCCUCAAUGUAGCGCGCACGUCCAAAGCGCUUCGAAAGCUCAUGCUGAGGAGGGAGAAUGCCUAUAUCUGGAGGGAAGGGCUGAAGCACGUUAAGGGGUUGCCAGCAUGCCCAGCGUUCAUGAGCGAGCCGGCGUACGCUCACAUCAUCUUCUCCGCGACCUGCCAUGGCUGUGGCGCAGGCGACGUCCACAAUGUCAUAUGGUCGUGGUUUGUGAGAUAUUGUGAUAAGUGCCUACUAGCAAGUUCCUGCACUUAUCGGGAGAUGCAAACGGCGUCUCUCAUUCCUCAGGAUGCCCUAGUUAUCGGCGAAAUGACUUUGAAAGAGAUGUUCACCCUCAUCCAAAUCUCCAGCCCUUUGCCAAGCUACAGAUUCCAUUUGCCGCAAAUAGACAGGUUCGUCAAAGCUUGGAAGCGCACUACGACAUAUGAGGAGCGUUAUGAAUUGUGCGACGAACAGGGCGCCUUGGUCAAGGCGAUGAAGGAGCGCGCGACAGAAUGCGUAAAGUGGCUGGAAUGGGAUGAAGAGAGGAAGGAAUGCGAGCGACGAGCUGCUUUGAUUGAGCAACGGAUCUCUGACGUGAUAAAUAAGCUUCAAGCUGCCGGUUGGGAUCCGGAGAUUCGCUACAUGGAUGAUCACAAGUCUAAGGUCACUACGCUCCGCGACAUCCCCAUCGUACUGCAGACAUCGCAGCUAACAGACGAAGAAUGGCCCCUGAUCUUUGAUGCUAUCAAGCCCACACUCGAGGUGGCAAGGACGGCGCGGUUGGCGGAUGAACGACAUCUUAUGCUGAAAUCACGGACCAAUAUGCUCGACGAGGCCAUUCGGGACCAAUUCGCCACCCUACCUAGGAGUGCUCACUCGUUCGCCCGACCCUACUACAUAGAUCUCGCGUUCAAGCCGGAAUGCAGGGAGCUCAUCGAUGCGUCAGCGUCCCGCCUGAUCACGAAGGAAGACUUCUCCUUGGUCGUCCCAGGUCUCGUUGUCCACUGGGAAGAGGAAUGCAAACGUGGCUUCAAAGAGUGGAUCAAGAAUCGCCUCCCAGACACAUCUUCGCUACCCGGCAAUCCUUGGCCACGAAUGCUUGCGCCGUGGUGA